AUGGACAAGUCCCUCUUGCUGGAACUCCCCAUCCUGCUCUGCUGCUUUAGGGCAUUAUCUGGAUCACUUUCAAAGAGAAAAGAUGCAGCCAAUGAAAUAGCUGUUGUGAAAGAUGAAUUUCCUCGUAAUAUAGAAAUGGUUCAGUGUAGGAUGUGCCACCUCCAGUUCCCGGGAGAAAACUGCUCCAGAGGAAGAGGAAUAUGCACAGCAGGAACAGAAGAGGCCUGCAUGGUUGGAAGGAUUUCCAAAAGGGACGGUACUCCCUGGUUAACCUUCAAGGACUGCCUAAAGAACUGUGCUGACGUGAAAGGCAUAAAGUGGAGUGUCUAUUUUGUGAGCUUCAGCUGCUGCAGGAGCCACGACCUGUGCAAUGAAGACCUUUAGAAGUUAAUGGUUCUUCUGUGACUCCAAUUUCUGGGUGAGGUUGUUGCCUCAGCCUCUUCACAAUGACUUUCUUAAAAAAAAAAUCUCUCUCUCACACACACACACGCACACUACAGAAGAGGAUUGCAAAGACAUGGCUCCAUCUUCUGCACAUGAAAGGAAAGUCCCUCUCCUGUUCUAGUCUCUGUCUCAUCCCUUAAAAUAAGUAAAUAAAUAACCUUGAGAG